AUGCGGUGGCUACCCAGGCUGCUCUCUCACUCCAUCGAGGUCGGGAGGGCCUCCGCGGCGGGGAGGUCCAACCCUAGUCUCGUCAAGGCAGGAUCCCAUGGGUUCGCCAGCGGCGGCUGGGAUGGGUCACCAGCGGUGCCCCGGGAGUGGCUGCGGAAGCUGUGGGUAGACGUGCUGAAGAAGCAGAAGGAGGACGCGAGGAGGUGGGGCAUCGGCGCGUCACCCGGGAACGCCGGCAGCGGUGCGGAGCCUUCGCUAUGCGCGUUCGCGAAUUCUGUGGAGGCUGCAGGAGCGACCAGGGAGGCACCUUCAAGGAGCUAUCAGUACGAAUACAGGGGUCUCGCCGGAGAACAUCUACUCAGAACAAGACGGCCAUUUGUUGCAGAAAUAACGGAUGCUAUGGGUAACGAGAUAUUUAAGGUUCGUAGGCCAUUUUGGUGGAUCAACAGCUCAAUUUAUGCAGAAGUGGAUGGUAAGGAGAUAGGCGUAGUCCACAGGCGUUGGCACCUUUGGCAGAGAAUCUAUGACCUGUACUUAGGGAAUAGGCAAUUUGCAGUUGUUGAGAAUCCAGGAUUCUGGAACUGGACCUUUAGCCUAGUGGAUGAAGAUGACAAACUGUUGGCUCAGAUUGAUCGUAAUUGGAGGGGCAUCGGCUUUGAGCUCUUCACGGAUGCUGGCCAGUAUGCUAUCCGGUUUGGUGAUGAUGUACAAAGCGACAAGUUUGCUCACUUACCGUUUAUUAUAUCUGGGUAUGUGGGUGCCCACUUUUCCCAGUUAGUUAAUGUCUCACAAAAGCUCCAGACCAAAGAAUUGCAUGUUGUUCGCCAGCUGACUUUGCCUGAAAGGGUAGUGGCUCUUGCUCUCGCCAUUUCCUUGGACAGUGAUUACUUCUCUAGAAGAGGUGGCUGGUAAGUAAUUGUCCUUUGUUCCAAAUUUGACUGGUCAGGACUUAAGUGGAUUCUGUUUUACUGGUUGACCUCCGGUGCUUGAAAUUGAUCGAAGUGUCUUUACUCCUUUCAGAGGACUUCCGUUUCUGAUUGCCACGGAGUAGGCACACGAACCACCAUCUGCCGUAUACAAGGAAUUUCUUUAUUCUCGUUCCUGAAGAGGCUAGCAGUUACACUCAUUACUGUUGUCAGGUGAUCGGCAUCAUCGCCAGAGGCAGAAACUGUUUCUGCCGUUCUGCGUGCUUUUGACUCAUUACUGCUGUCAGGAGAUUUCCGAAGCCUUCCUUUCCCCUUUGUUUCUGCUAUGGAGAUGCACACAUGCGUGGCUUGUUUGGAUGGCUAUGGUCAUAUAUUCCUCUCACUCCAGAUGUGUUGAAAUAGUUUGGUGUUAGAUACAGGCUAAACUAUUUCAUGACACAUGGAUUAAAAGAUACAUGGACAUCCAAACGAUACCGCAUUUAAGUUCUAGUACACUGGAGCCUGAUGUUUACAGUGCAACUCGUCUGCUAGGCUACUUGGAUGUGAAUGUAUAUUGUUUAGGAAUUAGAUCCAUUCGGUUAGCCUGGCUAGACAGUUAGACCUAAAAGGGCCAUUUCUGGUACUCGUUCCGACGGGAACAAAACGAGGCCUGAUGUAGCUGUCAGCUGUGAGUACUGAAUUGAUAGUUCCAAACGAUUCUGGGUCAGACAAUUCAGAACAGUGGAAGCCACCGAGCUUUGUAUCAUUGUAUUCAACCCAGUGCGCAACAAGUGGGCGGGGCCUUGAAGGCCGAAGGUGCGUCGGCCUGCACACUUGUGGCAGGGGCCAAUUAUCCGCUUCUAUCGCCCUCUUCCUUCCAUUUUCUUCUCGAUGGUUUCAAUAGCAAAUAAAGGAGUAAGGCUGGUUUCAACGCGAGGAGGUAAUAAGUAGUGACGUAGGUAAUUCAGUUUAAUCGAUCAAUGGGUCUAUUGAUUGGUUGGUCCUGUACCAACCAUAUUAGAUCUAAAUUGGUUGGUACCGAUUGCUACAUUAUACCGAUCAUUUUUAGUCAUGUGUCACGUUUUGAUUGAUCCACCUUAUUUUGAAGACCAAAAAAAUAUAAAUAUAAAAAAAUUGGAAUCUAAUCUAUAAAUAGAGGGGAUGUUUGGAUUCAUUUACAUCCCUCACUCUCCAAUUAGCUCCUACCACUUACUGUUUCACUCCUUUUACUCCAAACCGCUACCACCAUGUCUUCCUUAGGCUCCAACGUUGAAGUCAAUUGCACUACAACAUUUGACUCCAUGAAUUGUCUUAGAAUGUUGUAUUCAUAAAUGAAAUUGUUUCAGAUAGAAUUGAAUUGAUUCUAGAUUAUUUCAUUUCAGCUAUCUUUGCUAUUGAAAGGCAUGGUGGUGGCACCUCCUGAUAAAUUUCGUGUGUGUUUGAUCUGCUAUGAUUUAGUUUAUGGAGGAUUUUAGAUUCUUGCUACAUUUUGCUUUGUUAUGACUUAACUAUUGGACCACAGGAGAAACUUUAGUUAACGAGAGAAUUAAUGGAGGAACAUUUACUAGAAGUUAGAAUUUCCAGCUCUCGAACAACAUAGUUCCAGUAAGUUUGGUUUUGUACUAAAGAUGCACACUACCACUCUCUGAUUGUGAUUACUAUGCUUUUCUAACAAGUGACUAGCCUUUAAUCAAUUAGUACUUAGGACUGGCACGCUGAUUUUAGCUACUUGAGUAGUUGCCCCAUGAAGCCAUGAUCUUUUACCACGUUUUGAACAUUAAACAUUUGUUUUCUACCGAAGCUAAUGAGAACAUAUUUUAUCUCCAUCACUGUAGGGUGCAACAUGUUCAGUGUUCUACACCAGAUUAACUCCAUUGCAUUUUUUUUAAAGUUAAGCAACCUAUACAGAGACACCCUAAUAAUAUGUUGAAUGAUAAGAUCAUGGCAUCGUGCUAUGUGUUUCUACAAUUGGCUGCUCUGCUUUCAUUUGUACAAUCAGAGAGAACGGUAACCCAAGAUUACAGUGUCCUGGUCUGCUGAAGAACAACCGAGAUGGAAAGAGCUAAAAUCCUAAUUUGGCAUCCAUGCCUCCUGAAAAUCUUAAGACGGGCAUAGUAAGUAAGUCCUGAGAAUGUGAUUUACAGUUUUAGCAAUGUCUUGCUUGAUCUCCUGAGUGGAAAGCACGUUCAACCAAAUCAUUUCUUUGUAGGUGUCCUGGUGUACCAAUGGUGAGCAUCACGUAGACACGAUUGGCCAUCGCCACGACACGGACAGGAGAACGUGCUUGUGCUGCUCGCGCUCUGUAAGGAACUAAAUGAUUUCACUAUAUGUGGUUCUUUGAAGUUUCGGUUAAUAGACCUUAUGCUAAUUCACUACUUCAAAAGCAAAAAUAUGGAGAUGAUGAUUAAAUACAUAGGUAGUCAUUUGUAACUUAUUUUUGCUAUUGAUAUAGUUGUGGCACAUUCAUGUAUGAGAGUUUGUGAAAAUAUUCCAUCUGAACUGCCAGAUCCUACAUCUUCAUUUCUUAACAGACAGACAAGUUCUUUAGAA